AAAAGAAGUUAAAAUAGAAAAAAGGACGCACAUAAAUACAGCUGUUCGCCAUUUCGUUUAUAACUUAAGCAACUUGCGUGUAUAUGUUCUGCGAGUCAAAACUGUGGAAUAACUUGUCUAAUUUUGACGUAUUUCCCAUCGACAAACUUCCGGUUUAUUUCAUUCAGCUUGUUUGAGUUUUCAGCUUUAUUGUUAUCAUUUCGUGGGUUCUUGUUUGGCAAAAGAGGCAAUAUUUGUGACACUUGAAUUACAAGAAAGCUCCAUUUGUCUUCAACGAUGUCGAGCCGCUCGGUAACCCACUUAGCCUUACCGCAGUGGGAUGGUGGUUCUAGGAAAAUUCGUUUUAUUUACCUGGUAAACCUAACAUCGUUUAAAUUGACUAAUUGUCCUAACCACGGCACAGUAACUCCGCUUUACUUGGGAGCUGAUCUCCUCUCUAACACAGAUAUCCGAACAGAAAACCAUCCCAGAUACCAUGCCAGGUUUGCCAAAAAAGGGCUCGCCACAAAAAUAAAUUUUUCCUCAGCAUUCAGGUUCCAGGGGUUGAAGGUGCCUGCUGCUAAUAACAGCCUGUGGUUCUACAGCAUUCAAGGACUUUUUCGAGUUGCCUUUGAAAUGUUCAGUAAGCAAGAUCAGCUUGCAGUGCUGGAGAACUUCCAGGAGGUCUGGAAAUCACAGAUAAAUGAAAGCCCUCUGAAAAUGACCUACAGCCUCAGUGUGCAGCUCGACUGUUUAUUGUCUGCUGAUGUGUCUGAUGAGUCAAAGAGUGGAAUGCCAGGGCAUCAUUACCAGGCCGACGGAGACAUGGUGCAUGUGUGUGAUGGUGGGACAGUGGAUACAUCAGCAGACCAUGAUUAUUGCUCCUCUUCAAGACAUGGUUUGCAAACUGAGCAAAGCCAGAUGAUUGUAGAUGCACUCACAGAAAAGUUGCACAGUUUGGAGGACCAGCUCUCCUCCCCAUCUGAAAGUUGUGCAGAACGACUGGAAACUGUACUGUUGCUUUUGACAUCUGUCGAUCAAUACAUGAAGGGUAAUCUAAAAGAAGAGGAUGCAACUGAAACAGUUUUGGCCCUACUUAAGGCUGAGGACUGGGUCAAAGACUCUGUGUAUUCCAGCUACCUGCUUACCUGUGUAGGGCGUUGGCUCGGCCAGCAGUUCCACGCAGCCAACAGCAGCAUCAGCCAGAGAGUAGAGGGCUUCAAAGUUCAGCACAUUGAGCGAAUAAGUGACUUGCCGCCUGCUGAGGAACUGACUGCAGAGUUGUUCCCUGAAGCUAUGCAGACACUGCUGCUUCACUGGAUGGGCUUCUGUGAAGAGGCAACGCUAGAGAAGAGGCAUAGCGAAUACCCGAUCCUGCUCCUCAUUUUAGAGUUUGCAAACCAUAACCUCAUUACUGGUGUAGCUCAUGUGUUGUACUCAAGUCUUAUAUGCAAGUGAAAAUGAAUUUCUGCAUGGAUUCAUACAGCAAAGCUGCAAUGUUUCCUGACAUGUAGAUUUUCAGGACACUCAGGCAAAUUUUAUGCAAGAACAUUUCAUCUCUCUUUA